AUGGCUUCACCUGACCCGAUGGGUUUUGGUAAGGCGUCGAAAAAGCUGGAAGAGCACGAAGGAAUCAAGGAUAAAAAUACUGUCCUGGAUGAUACCCAACCUAGCUCUGCAAAGUGUGCCAAUUGCGGCGCUCUAGCCUCGCUGAGGUGCACAGGCUGUGUAGAUGCACCUGAAUAUGAGUCUGGCGAAUCCAUUGGCAUCAUCUACUGCAAUCGCGGCUGCCAGCACAAGGAGGCAGCCCUUGCAAACAGCCAAUGUACUCUGGCAAUGGCCCUUCUAGGCCCCUUGACUCGACACCUUCUUGCAGGAACCAGCCUCAGCACUACAAUAAGUGACAUUUCUGUUGGAAAGCCCAACUUUACAACCAAGUUUGUUUCAGGUCUAGGCAAACCAUCCAACUUUGUUCCGCCACAUACGAUCGUAGUGGUGGAACUGAAAAGCAGCCAGAAAAGCAACGAAAAAUGGAUCAUCGACGCGUCAGGUAGUCAAUACGGAUUUCCGGAUGCCCUCUCACCGUUCGACAAGUACUUUAAAGAGAAGUUGUGUAAGUUAGAGACAUCGGAACCUUAUGACGCCACGGAGACAAAAGACAUUGACUAUUUCCUGACUAUUCCUUACAUGACUUCCAUCCCCCAGCAUCGCAAGAAGUUGAUGAACGAGCGGGCUGCUCGUCUUCAUUUUGCAGCUUUCAUCAAGGCGCGCAUCGAAAAAUCAGAGGGGGGUUUCAACAAAGAUAUGUUCUCUAGCUCCAAGAUAGAUUUCCAGGCUAAGCUCGACAUCUUUGUUGGAGAUCUGAAGGUGCAUAUGACGGAGUUUGUUAAAAAACAAUACGGAAAGGCGGGCUCAGCUAAGAAGGCCUAA